AUGGCCGCUAAACAGAAAUUGGUUCGUAACACGUUCGCCACACGUGCUCCGAUCUGCUCCAAACUUGAGAAGCCGGAUCACAGUCUCAACUGGAGUUUGUGCCACACCCCGACGUACGUGAAGGCCGACAAUCGUACGGCGAAGACCCAGUCAUCAAAAACAAUGAGACACAGAAUUCAGAACAAAGAAUUUCACUACCGCAAGAAGUUCUCAGAGCAGGUCUUCAGGGUGGUGUCCUCUGACCUGGUCAACAUGGGCAUAAGCGUGGUCAGCUACACGCUCAAAGACGUUCAUGAUGACCAGGAUUAUCUGUAUUCGCUGGGAAAGGCUUGAACAGCGCAAGUUCAGAAAGACGUUCGCAUUGGAGAAGCACAGAACAAGAGAGACACUGUGAUCAAGGAAGCCCAUGCAAUGCAGGUGAAAGUGUCAGCUCAGUACAAGAAUGAAAUUGACAUGGCAAAGUCCCAAAGGGACUAUGAGCUGAAGAAGGCAGCCUAUGAUAUUGAAAUGAACACGAAGAAGGCUGAGUCAGAGAUGACUUACCAGCUUCAGGUAGCAAAGACGAAGCAGCACAUCGAGGAGGAGAAGAUGCAGGUCCAGGUGGUUGAGCGGACACAGCAGAUCAUGCUGCAAGAGCAGGAGAUCACCCGCACGGAGAAGGAGCUGGAGGCCAAGGUGAAGAAACCUGCCGAUACUGAGCGCUACCGCUUGGAGAAACUGGCUGAGGCGCACCGCCUUAAGUUGAUCAUCGAGGCGGAGGCGGAAGCUGAGUCCAUAAGGGUUAAAGGUGAGGCUGAAGCGUUUGCAGUGGAGGCCAAUGGUCACGCCGAGGCAGAGCAGAUGGUGAAGAAAGCUGAGGAGCACAAGGACGGCGCCAUGGUAGACAUGCUGCUGGAGAAACUGCCUCUGAUGGCAGAAGAGAUCAGCAAGCCUCUGUGUGAAGCCUGCAAAAUCACCAUGGUGUUCAGCGGCAGCGGAGAGGUUGGUGCAGCCAAACUGUCAGGAGAGGUUCUGAGCAUCAUGACCCGGCUGCCUGACACAGUGGAGAAACUGACCGGGGUCAACAUCAGGUCAACUCUCAUACCGGCUAAAGAGAAUCAACCAAACCAGUGA